AUGGGCACACAACAUCCAUGUCAGGAUGCGUCAAUCGAGGCGCACCACCAGUCCAUCACUUCAGAGUCGCCGGACUUGGAGGUGGCAGUACGAAUGAAGGAAAAUUUUCAAACCGUAGGUAGUGGCGAAUCUCAUCCAGAAGUACUACAUAAUAAUAAAAGAAAGAGAGUUCAUGCCAAUGGAUCCGAUGCAGAAUACGUAGUGAUCAAACCCAGAGAUACAACAAUGAAUAACCACAUCGACAUGGCACGCACGAAGAUAAUCAAACAGAAGCAUCAUCUUGAAAAUGAGGGCUGCAAUAAAUUGUCAUAUCAAGCACCAUCAUCACCAGCCCAUCCUGUUUUCGAUCCUGUUUUUGAUGGAGAGAUGAGAAAGAGCAGGAAGACUAUGGAUGGAAAUUUGCCAAGAGUACACAAACAAAGCACUCAAGACAAGUCUGUAGUCCAUGUGCCCUCUAAGCAGAAACGCACUCCUUCCAUGGAGGUUGGCACAAAAGUGAUUCUGAAGUCUUCAGUAUAUCCAAACAAAAGGCAUGUAGCACAUGCUAGCAUUUUGGGUUGCAAUUAAAAAAAAUGGUUGGUGGUAUUGAGCUAGGUCGGCAGUUCAUAGAAGUGCAAGUUGAUCACCUAUUGAGGA